AUGGCUCUCGCACCUCUCCACGAUGCUGAGUCGAAGAUAGCAAGCGCAUCUGGAUCGAGCGUCAAGAUGGCGUCUUUCGAUGUGCAUUCUUCAUAUCAAGCGCAUCUCGCAUCCUCCGCCGACAUGCCCAUGCCCAUCGCCGCCAUGCUCAGCCUUUGUGACCUGAUAUCUAUGACAUCCGUUCAGACGACCACGGAGCUCACCACACUUCUCAAGAAGGCUUCGGAAGAGCUCAAGGAUGCUCUGUCUAAUCCUGUUCCUGCGACGGCUGGCCUGGAUCUGUUUGCCAGAUUGGUGGGCGCUAUGGCUUGGGGAGAUCGAGAAUUCGAAGAGAUGAAGAGGGACCUGAUUGCCGUUGCCAGGGAAUAUGCAGGCAAGACUGUGCCUUUGUGCAGAGACGUCAUUGCAAGGAGGGCGAUGUCAUUCAUCAAGGACGACGCGGUAAGUGCGCACGUGGCCUCGUCUUCACCUCUGCUCUAUGCGUUGUGCUGCUACUGAUGGAGACAAAUGACCCAUGGCUCGCACUCACAGGUGAUUCUCACUCACUCUUACUCGCGGGUAGUGAUGCACAUCCUUCUAGCAGCUGCCCAAGCUGGCCGAUGUCCAAGCGUUUACGUCACAGAAGCUCGACCUAUGGGCUUGGGUAUCAAGACUUACAACGAGCUUCAAGCGGCCGGCAUCCCUUGCACGGUGGUGUGUGAUUCCGCCGCUGCAUACAUCAUGUCAAAGGUGGAUCUCGUACUGGUCGGCGCUGAGGGCGUCUGCGAGAGUGGAGGACUGCUCAAUGCGAUCGGAACAUUGCAAUUGGCACUGAUUGCAAAGGCCAGCGAUAGACCUUGUUAUGCGGCUGCGGAGAGGUGA